AGUGAUGAUGAGGAGGCCGUGGUGCGGGCGGUGCAGGUGGAGGAGGACGAGGCGUUGGCUCGCAGUCUGCAGGCUCAGUUUGACCAGGAGACGCACGACAGACACCAGCACCAUCACCUUCACCAGCACAGCCACCACAUGUACUAUCCCCACAUGGCGUCCAGCUGGAUGUCCUGUGUCCUGGCUGCAGUGUCUCCAGCAGCUGCCUUUGAAGACGAUGUGAUUGGUCAACACAGACGACGUGGGCGGGCCAGAGGGAGGAAUGCCACGCCCCACUUCUCUGAAAACCUCCAGGGAAAUGAUUAUGAGGCUCUGCUGGCGUUUGAGGAGCGCCAAGGUUCCGUCGCGUCCAGGAAGUUGAGUCGGAGGGAAAUCCAGAGGUUUCCCACCAAAAGCUUUGAGGGGGCGAGCGGGGGCGGGAACACGCAGUGUCAGAUCUGUUUCUGCGACUACACUGACGGAGAGAAGCUGAGGAUUCUGCCCUGUUUCCAUGACUACCACGUGAAGUGUAUUGACCGGUGGCUAAAGGACAACACCACCUGUCCCAUCUGCAGAGCGAACCUGGCUGACGGUGACAGCCUCGCCCCCCCGCUGACCUCAUGACCUCUUCCUGCCAGUAUUGUUUUACCUGGUGGUCGACGACGACUCAAACCCAUUUUAAAUGUUUCUUUUUUUGAUCCUUUUAUUGACAUGUUCAACUCUACAGGAAUAAAACCGUGAAACCUCGAA